AUGGAGGAAAGCGGGGAGGCCUCUGCGGAGGCUUCAGGGGACCGUGGGUCUCCAGGCGCAAGGCACCGCGUGCGGAAGCAGCAGCAGCAGCAAACCCAAAAGGAAGGUGCAAAGGACUUCCGCAGCCUUACGGAUGAACGCGCAAAGGCGCUUUUGGAGUAUCGGGCGCGAUGCACAUCGGCGCGUUUUUGGGUCCAAAGCGAGCUGUUAGAUCUGCGGGUUGGCGGGUGGCAGCGGUGCACCGGCUGCGCCUCGAGUGACGCUUCGUCGUUGAACCCCAGAGCAGGUGCCUCCGUUGCUCAUGCAGAUGGCUGCCGGAGCUCUGACCCGGGCAUAGUGGGGGACCUUCCCCAUUUAAUCAAACAACAUCUCACUUGCCCUUUGCUUUCGAAGCUACUGCAGCAAGACCCCGUUCUAAGUGGCAAGUUAGCCACCCUUGAUCGCGUGUUGUGGCAGCGUCGUUCGAAGCACGAGACGCAGACGCCUGGGUGGAUGAGUCAUGAGCCGCUUUGCCCCGAGUGUUGCUCAUAUGGUGUUCCCCAGGGGACCGCAGAUGUCCUCAGUACAGCUGUUACUCCCGCAGGGGCAAACAACCAGGAUUCUUCCCGCACGAGCACAAUGGAAUCGGUUGUCGGGGGGGAGGGAGUAUCUGCUGAAGGCGCGCGACCAACGAGGACCGUCGAAGACGAAAGCCGGCCCGUCACCGCCUGGGUAUCUUGCGGGCAGUGCAUGGAGCACUUCGCGUAUAUUAUCGCAUCCUUACUUGUGUUCCUCAAGCCCUCUGAACUCCGGGAUUUGGCUGUCGAGAGGCAACAGUCACAGUGCUGCGGCUUUGUGUUCUGCGGCAGGCGGAACAUCUCAACACCUGAAAAGCGGCGCGCAGCGUUGUGGCGGUGGACACUCGACUUUGGAGGGAGCAAGGCCAUAUCGGAGGAUGAGCUGAUGCAGUUCUGCUGCAGUCGUUGCUGCAACCGCCAGCAGCAGCUGCUGCGCCUUCUGGACGAGGAGCCCAUGUACACCAGGCCGGGAAUUAAGGAGUGGAUUAGUGACGCGCUGGAGCGGAAGGCCGCCUAUCGUCCUCACCCUCACGGCUUGCCAGAGGAAGUCCGGGGUAAGGUGGCGGGUGAAGCUAGCCUGCAGGAGCAGCAGAGGCAGCAGCAGCUAAGAGAGCCCAGAACUGGUCUUUCUCCACGGCGCUCUAAGGGGCUGCAGCCAGCUGUAGAGAUGGACGAGUUGCUGGGGAGCGACGCGGGACGCCUGAUGGACCCGAUUCUGGAAAAGCGGUCCUCUUGUGUCUCAUUUUCCACGGAGUCGUCUAGCGCAGAACUGACUAAGCUGGACGGAAGCCUGGAGUCUGAGAGUUUUAGAGUCCCCCUGACGGUCGAUGACGAGAGCAGUGCAGAUGAGGCACCAGUGAAGGCCAGUAAUAAUGGGGACACCCCUGGUGCAUGCACAGUUGGGGAAGGGCCCCCUUCGGCCGACCACGCCCCUGUCUCUGCAUUGGGGAUGCAAGGUGGGACAUCAGCGCCGAAUAGCAUCCUCUUGUUGGAGUACGGCUCUCCUUCAACAGGUAGUGAGGGCUCCAGGGCUUCCGUUCCUACCAGCCAUGCAGGAGCGUGCGAGCAGUCUGUUGGGGCCUGUGCAAGUGGAUCAACAAAGGGGGGGUCUCCUACUUGCCCUAAAAGUGAAAGAGCUUCGACCUCAUCUUCGCCACGUCGCUCGUCCGUGUGCCCAAGUAGGACGGAAGGGAGCGCAGCGGCUGAACGGCAGCCGGAGCAACGGGGGGAGCCCAGUGCCGCCACCCCUGGGGAGAAGAAUUUGCAUACUGAGGCACCGUUCAAGGCUCGCGGAUCGCGCGUUCGAUUUGCAGAUGACGACGACGAGGACGGGGUAGAAGGAGAUGGUGAUGGAGAGUCAGCGGCUUCUGUCUUCAAACACUUCUUCAACCUACAGGACGAAGAUGAUGGACCGGGGUUUUAUGCUCGCCUAGAGCGGCAGGCAGCAGUAGGUAGUUCUCAUGCUGCAGGCAGUCAGACGCGAAAUGGCACUGGAGAGCUGAGGAGCAUCCUCAAGACUCCUACUGAGCCUGUGGAACCGUCACCUCUCCCAGCUAGCUCAAGUACUGAAGCUCAGGUGGGGUACAUGCGGCUGUCGGACGUGGUAAUUGCAUUCGACCUUUUGUCUUCUUGCUGCACCGACGCGUCUGCCAGAUUCCUUGCGAACUAUCACCGUCGGUUUUGCACUUGCUCAUGUGAGGGAGCCCCUUCAGCACCGGGAGACGCUGAUGCCCGACAUUCCGACGGCGAAGAGUCCCCCAUGCUGGAGAAUGCGUCGGAUGAGGGGGAGGCGAGGAAUUUCAACUUGCGCAAAGUCAGCGAAGGGGACGAAUCAGAUAAUGUCUCCUGCGUGGAUGGGGAAUCAGGGGACGAUAUUGAGCCAACAGAACUCUGGAAGAGAAGACAACAGCAGCUGCUUAAAGCCAUACUGAGGAGCCUUCCUCCUGCUGCAGAUAAUUUCAUUGCACUCAUCACCGAGCUAUGCGAAACUCUUCAGCCUCUCCAGAGACGUCCUCCACCCUGCUCUAUCGAGGGCAAAGCUGAAGGAUUCGAAACCUCCGAUGCAGCCGCGUCGUUUUACUUCGACGACGCUCUGACUAUUGCCAGGGAAGAGGACAUAGGACUGGAGUUGGUAGAUUUUGUUCGGUCAACAAUUCACAAGUCAGCCCCGUGCCCUGCUCCAGUACGUCCCGUCGACAUGGCAGCCACAGGGGAAGCAGCGGAGGCACCUGUGCAGCAGCAUGAAGAGAAAGCUGUUCAUGUGCUGCUCGAGUCUAUCUUCUCGCGUAUGACGCAGCCGAUCAUGCAGUUACACGAACCAGCUCGUCCUUCUGUCCCGACAGCCCCAUAG